AUGUCCGCCAUCCCCGUCGCUGAACUGGGCCUCAACUCCAGCGAGACCAGGUUUCUACAACAACAGAUCGCCGUCUCGCAACAGGGCAGCAAUUCGUCUCGCGCCGCCUCGCACGCCUCUAGUCAGGGCCGCCUCCUCCUGGAUCCCUCAAGUCUACAGGCGCUCGGCGCCCACUUCGACCGCUUGAUGUACGCGAUACAGCAGCGAUGGCACUCUCUCACGCAGCAGACGCAAACAGCCACCCAGAUGCAGUACGACCGCGCGGGUAACGCCAUCCAGAUGGCCGACAUGGAAAUCGCCCGCUUCCGCUCCAUACUCCGCGAAAUCGACGAGCUGGAAGUCGAAUUCGACAAGGUGCGCCGCAUUGGCGAGAUUGUCAAGGGCUUCAAAGCCCGUGUCGACCAUCUGGAUCGGCGCAUCUGA